GGCUUGACAGACGUCUCUCAAAUUCAAAUAUGAAAUUAGCAAUUUGGCGUGUCGAACAGCGGUAAAUUAAAGGAGCAGAUAAUAUUCUGUUGGAAAAUGAAAAUUAUCUAAGGUUCGGGAAAUCAUGUGCUUGGUUAAUUACAAACUUACAGCAGGAAACUCCAUGUGACGACACAAUAAGCUAAGUGAUUGACCGUGAAAUUAAAAUCUGAUCUCGGUACGCGGGUAUUAAUUUAAACGGAAAACAAUCGUUCUCCUCACGCGAGAUAUGACUGGGCUACAUUCAUUAAUGAAAAACCAAUCACAACGGAAUAAUAAAUUUCCUUGGAUUUACAAAUGAUCGUGCACUGACUGAGACUGAAGCAUGCUGAAUGAUCGCGUUCAAGGAAGCAAAAUUUAUGCAAAAUAAUCGCGCCCGCAGGAGUAACGCGCUUAGAUAUCCAUUCACGAUGUACGAACAAAAGAGUUCAGGACUUCCGAAAAGUAAUCGGCACAUGUGCGACAGUAGAAACUUCAACCCCGAUGAUAUCACUACAAUUUACAAACACCCAGAUGUUACAUACAUUUGUGAAUACCUGAAAGACAAAUUGUACUUUGCAACGUUAAGCAACGGACGAAAAGAUGCGAAAAGUACAUCCAACAUUCACUUUUUCACGAUCGAUGACGAGCUGAUUUACAACAAUUUCUACAACGAUUUUGGUCCUCUGAACCUGGCCUGCCUAUAUAGAUACUGCUGUAAGGUGACUAAGAAACUGCAGAGUCCGGGGAACAAGCACAGACAAAUCGUGCAUUAUACCUCGCAGCGAGAUCAGAAGAGAGCAAAUUCCGCAUACUUGAUCGCCUCCUAUGCGGUGCUGUACUUGGACAAGAGUCCAAGGGAAGCCUACAAUCUCCUCUUUAUGGGAGGUGAAAUUCCUAUAAAGCCGUUUCGAGAUGCUUCCAUGGGAUCCUCUAUUUAUAGUAUUCACUUGUUGGACUGCUUGAACGCUCUUAAGAAAGCAGCCUCGUACGGCUUUUUCGAUUUCAAUGAUUUCGACCUGGAGGAGUACGAAAAGUACGAAGACAUGAGGAACGGUGCCUUGAAUUGGAUGGUACCGCAGAAAUUUUUAGCUUUUGUUGGUCCGAGCACGGAACCAGGGACUCCCUAUCAUCCGCCCGAGUGCUACAUCGAUUACUUUUUAAAAAACCAAGUCACUGCCGUGGUUAGACUGAGCAAAAAAGUAUACGACGCAUCUAGAUUCACCGAGGCCGGAAUCACGCAUUACGAUAUGUUUAUGCCAGACGGCACGGUACCACCAAAAAGGAUACUUAAUGAGUUUUUGCAACUGAGCGAAAACAGCGGUGGUCCGAUAGCAGUUCAUUGCAAAGCUGGCUUAGGAAGAACAGGCUCAUUGAUUGCCGCGUAUUUGAUCAAGCAUUACAAAAUGACUGCUAGAGAAGCUAUUGCUUGGAUAAGAAUUUGCAGACCUGGAUCUGUUAUCGGGCAUCAACAAGCUUGGUUGGAAAAUAUCGAGAAGAAUUUGUUGAACGCCGGCCAACAAUAUAAGUUGAAGUAUUACGGCGACAAUGACGUGAUAUUGCAUCACAAGCGUGGAAUAUAUUCCCUCGCGGAUAAAAUAGAAAAGAAGAUACAGUACCCACCCGAGAGUGGAAGGACAGAAUUUAACACACAUGAUGAUUCAACGAUGGAAAAGAAGGGCAAAACUAGAUUCACAAGGAUUUGGGGAAAACUGAGGAGUAUUCGAGGAACAGAAGAUUCGGAACGAGCCACGCAGAAAUACAGAUCUACUGAUCAGCAACACAAUCCAACACAGGGAGAUAGGCUAAACGAAAUCAGAAUGAACAGGUUCAAGUCGUCUCGGAGUUUGGAUUCACGACAGAAAAAUUACAUCAGCUAUGGGCUGGACGCACUGAAGGGCGCGCGUCGGAGGAAAUAG